GGCAUUAUUUUAAAUUAUUUCCAUUUUUUAAUCUUAUUUUAAAAAUAAUUUUUAAAUUUAUAACAAGAAAAAAUAUUUUCAUUGUUUAUACAACAUAAACAUUGGAAUCAACUUCAAAUCGAACUGUCUAUUUUGAUUAGCAAAUCAUUAUUUGUAUUGGAAUUUACAAUUCUUUAGCAAAACUUUAAAAAUCCAUGUUUGAUAUAUAUGGGGGAUUUUUCUUUUUUGAACGAACAAAAAAAAAAUUGAAUCAAUGAAAAAAUGGAAUUAACACGAGAACCAUGUCCUUGGAGAGUUGUUGACGAUUGUGGUGGAGCUUUUGCAAUGGGUACAAUUGCUGGAACUUUAAUACAAAGUGUAAUUGGUUUUCGAAAUUCUCCUUCUGGAAUGAAGAGAAGAUUUGAAGGGGGACUCACAGCAGUUAAGAACAAGGUGCCUCAAGUUGCUGGUAAUUUUGCCGUUUGGGGUGGCUUAUUUUCUGCGAUCGAGUGCUCUCUUAUUUAUUUUCGAUCAAAGGAAGAUCCAUGGAAUUCAAUUGCAAGUGGCGCCCUCACUGGUGGAAUUUUGGCGGCAAGAACAGGAAUUCCAUCAAUGUUGGGCAGUGCCACUGUGGGUGGAAUUCUUUUGGCAGUGAUUGAAGGUUGUGGUCUUGUAAUGACACGCAUUCAGGGUGAAGGAUAUUCUCUACACAAUACAAUGCUUGGUGAAAGUAUGCAAAAUUUGGCAAAUGGACAAAAUGGAAGAAUAGCAUUUUUAGGUUCCACAGCAUCCACAGAAGGAUCUUCGGGAAAACAAACAAAUGCCUCGGAAGAGGUUAAGAGAAUAGGAAAAACUUGGUGAAUCCUGAUUUACACGAUUUGCCUAGUCAAUCAUUGUAAUUAAUUUUAAAAAACAUUUUAAAAUUACAAUUUUAUUUAUACAAAAAUUUUUAAACUAUUUUUUAUAUAAAUUCAUUGUUUUAUGUUUCUAAUCAGUAUUUCUUUAUAAAAUUUAAAAGAUUCGAAAUGUCUAAAAUUCGUAUUUUACAUAUAUUUAAAUAUCUGAAACGUGACAUGUGUAUUAUCAUCGCGUCCCGUUUACGAAACAUAUUCUCUCUCUCCAGUGAAUAUAGCGGGAGCGUUUACGAAAUGCAAAUUACGUCUCCUAUAUGUAUUCUUUUUUCAAUCCUAUAACAAUUCAAUUUUUUCCGUGUAUUAACAAAUUUUCUUUUGAUUUUAAAACUAAAAUUUGUUUUGAUAAAAAAUCCUAUUCUCAAGGAUCAGAUUUUUUAACAUUAAAAAGAAAAAUCAUUAUGUUUUUAAAAUAAUAGAUAUAUGAAAGAUUAAUGUUUACCUAUUGGGAAUAAAGUUAUACUUGUA